AUGAAAUCAGAAUUGGAUGAAGUAGAGUUAAAUCUGCCUGGAUUGUCAGUGUCUUUUUUGCAGUGUCCUGGAGGAGCCUUCACACCCAACAUACGGACAACUAAGGAGUUUCCAGAUGAUGUGGUGACUUUUAUCAGGAAUCAUCCCUUGAUGUUUAAUCCCAUCUACCCAAUCCACAAGAGACCUCUGAUCAUUCGGACAGGCACUGACUACAAAUACACAAAGAUAGCUGUCGACCGUGUCAGCGCUGCAGAUGGAAGAUACCACGUCUUGUUUCUUGGAACAGACCAGGGAACUGUACAGAAAGUUGUGGUCCUGCCCAAUAACUCUUCUACAAGUGGAGAACUCAUCUUAGAAGAACUUGAGAUGUUUAAGAAUAAUGCUCCAAUAACAACAAUGGCCAUUUCAUCUAAGAAGCAACAGUUGUAUGUAAGCUCGGAUGAAGGGGUCACCCAGGUUUCUUUGCAUCGCUGUCAUAUAUAUGGGACGGCCUGUGCUGACUGCUGCCUUGCCAGAGAUCCCUACUGUGCCUGGGAUGGCAAUUCCUGCUCCAGGUUCUACCCAACAGGGAAAAGGAGGAGUCGUAGACAAGAUGUGAGGCAUGGAAACCCUAUGACUCAAUGCCGAGGAUUUAACCUAAAAGCUUAUCGAAAUGCAGCCGAGGUAAUUCAGUAUGGAGUCAAGAAUAACACCACCUUUCUUGAAUGUACACCUAAAUCACCACAGGCCUCUGUUAAAUGGCUGUUACAAAAAGACAAUGACAGAAGAAAAGAGGUAAAGCUGAAUGAAAGAAUCAUAGCAACUGAACAAGGGCUCUUAAUUCGCUCUGUCCAAGAAGCUGACCGGGGACUCUAUCACUGCAUUGCGACAGAAAAUAAUUUCAAGCAAACGAUAGCGAAAGUGAACUUCAAAGUGUUAGAUUCAGACAUGGUGGCCUUCAUGACUGAAAAAUGGUCCCCAUGGACCUGGGCCAGCUCACUCCAGGCUUUACAGUUUCAUCCUAAGGACUUGGUUGGAUCUAUCAGCCACUCAGAACUGCAGUUGAUCAAUCAAUACUGCAAAGACACAAGGCAGCUGGGGCAGCAGGCUGAAGGGUCCCAGAAGAUGCGGGGGGAUUAUGGCAAGUUGAAGGCCCUCAUCAACAGCAGGAAAAGUCGGAACCGAAGGAAUCAGUUACCUGGAUCAUAAGGUUUUGUCUUGGAGCAUCACCCCUUCCUUUAUUUUGUACCCCUCAAGGGAUUUUGUUUUGUUUUGUUUUGUUUUCCUGCUGAGAGCAUAGAAAAAAAAACAUUAGUCAGGCAAGCCUGGUCAAAAAAAGUUCAUUUGCUUUUGAUAUGAUUGUUAAACACAACCUGUCUAAGCUAUAGAGGAAAAAGAAAAAAUCAAAUCCAAAGAUAUUUCAUUCUGUGAAGUGCCCGCUGACACCAGAUAGAUCCUUACUAAUAACUGUGUAAAGCAGAUUAUUUGCCUUAACCCAGAUUCUCAUGCAGUGCACUGACUCUCCAGUUUGGAAUUAUGCAAGGUAGGAAGUACAAGAAAGAGUUUGGGUUAGGAAGGAGUGUGAGUUGGAGCGACAUAUACAGACAUAUCUUCUGUCAAUUAUAAUAUAUUUCAGAGCUUCUUAGCCUGUGGUCUGAGGAUUAGAAGAGCUUCAGAGAAUCUGUGAACUGGGUGCCAAAACAACAUUUUUUUCCCCUUUGCCUUCUUUCCUGUUACUUUGAAUAUUUUGUAUAAUUGCAUUCGGGGAGGGGAAAGGUCUGCAGAUUUCUUCAGAUUCCCAAAGGGAUCCAUGAGCUCCAAAAUGGUUAAGAACCGCUGCUCUAUAUGUCUCUCUGUUUACGGUACAUUAUUUUUUCAAAAAUAAAUGGCUGAAAUAAGUCUUUAAUGGCUAAUUCCCAAAAUAGUAUUAAUGAUACAGGAACACACAAAGUGUAAUAUGGGAGAGGUAAUCAUGACAAUACAACACACACUUUCCUGAGAUCAAGCCCCAGUGAACUCAGUGGGACAUACUUCUGAAUAGACAAGCAUAGAAUUUCAUCAUAAAUAUAGUUAACCCCAGUGCAGUUAAUUGCAUAAAACAUAAUGCCACCCCCUUUUGACAUAGUAAAGUCAUAGGCCAAGAAUACUUCGUGAGCACAGUCUGUUCAUUCUUUGUUUUCCCCAUGUGCAGAUCUGUGAACUUCAGCCACUGAUUCAACUGAAGAAGUGUGUCCAGGCAUGGUUUGAAUGCCUUGUCACACUCAGGGAAGGAAAAGGAACCUCUGUCACCAGCAUAAGGCUGCUGUUUCUUUGGAUGUUCAAGGGCAGGGAGAAGACACCCUGGUACAUUGCACAGCUGAGCAGUCACUGAGAGCCCUCGGGUUGUGUUUGCCUAUCUGGUGUGAAGGUGUUGUAAAAGGAGAUACUGAAUAUCUCCUUCUGUAACACUCCCAAAAAUAAAUAUGCUGGCAUAAACAGCUAUUAUGCUAGUAUAGGCCACCACUAGAAUUCUACAUACAGUUUGCACAAAAAAGAAAAAGAAAGGAAACUUUAAUAAAAGCAUUUGGGCUAAAGAUGAAGAAGUUGGUAAACAGCUGCAGAUGUUCCUCUGCUCUUCCUGCAUUUCUGAUCAUGUGCUGAAGAGUGUCAUGGGAGGAGGUCAGUAAAGAUUUUCCCCACCAACCCUUGUUACCUCUCUAACCAGAGGAUAAUGAGAAACUGAUAUGCCAUAGAAGUUGUGGUCCUGCUUAGUUAACUGUGGGAAUUGUCUAUAUUGAAUAAGCUACAUGGUGGUAACCUGUAAGAUUCCACUGAAGUGUUUCACAGUAGACAUGGCACCAAUUUCUUUUUGAUUGUUCCAUCUUGGACCAGCUCUUGUGCCCUUGUGUUUCCUUUAGCAGAGAAUUCAGUAUAUGAGAAAAUACCAUGUGUGUUUUGGUAAUGUAGGUUAUAAUUUGACUUAGAACAGAUUUCAAGCUCAUGAAAAUCCAUACCUGUUAUUUUCACCAGGUGCAGAUAUUUAUGAAGUCAAAAGCUUCUGUGUGGAAGUAUUAUUUAUGACUUCUGAGAUCUUGACCAAGAUUUAAUGAUGUAUGUAAGGAUCCAGCACAAAGGGAAUUGGAAUUGCAGCCCUCUGUUCUGCCCAAAAUCUGCUUCAAAAAGUUUCUGAGCCCACUGGAUGAGGUUUUCUGGGCACAUCAGAGACCCUUAGAAAAAAGUGAGGUUGCUGAUUAUGUACUUCUGUUGUAUCCCAAUGCUUCUGUAAUAAUCAGACUCUACCCUUCAUAUCUAUCUCAAAAAGUCUGCAGGCUCCAUCUGAGAUUCUGCAUCUCCAUAUAGUUACACAUGUGCAGCUCCAUAUCCUCCUUGAGGAAGAAGGAAGGACUAUCCAUGAGGAGGGACGUGAAGGCAAAACAGUUCAGACCAUGGAAAAGCAGCUUCUCGGUGUUGUCAGACAAGGAGAAAUGUGGUACUUUCAAAUAGAGUGCAUCCAUCUUUUCCUUCCCUUGGAAGCCUAGAGCAGCUGAAUCUUCAUGGUCUGAAUUUUCUCCAAUUUUCCUAUCUCCCCACCAGUAAGUGACACUAUCAAGUGUUCCUGCUGAAACUAAAGACAGCUACCAGGCAAUUGGAGGUUUUUGGUUGGAGCCACAAGAGCAGAUAUCACCCUUCUAUGCCCCAUCCAAAAAAGGUUUUACACAUACAUAAGCCACACUUGUGAACACAUAACAGGAUGCCAGCCUAGGU